AUGGCUGCACGCAUGCGAGAGUUGCUGAGCCAUUCAAACCAGCUUCAGCAAUUUGUAUUUGAAAACAACCUGGAACGGCGAAGUGUCUCCAAGUGGGUUGAUACCAACCAUGAGUAUCUCGACUUUCCAUCUCUAGAUGACAACACACUGCGGUUAUUGACUCUAGGUACUUACCAGUUAAAAUUCACAGGCAGUUACAUCCAAGAGUACCUAGGCAGUGACUGCAAUCUUCAGCUGUACCGAGAGAUGGAGGGGUUAAUAAGAGUCAGACCCCAGACACUUGAAGAAACCACAUUCCAUCUCCUGCACCUGUCCCUGUUCCGGGAGUACCUGGAUAUUGAGUUCUAUGCCCUCCGUGAUACGUUGACAGACUUCGAUUACAACCUGGAGAAUGUGAUUGAUGACUUGGUUCUCAUGGGUUUUUUGGUGGGCAACGACUUCAUACCCCACCUGCCCAACCUAGAUAUCAACAAUGAUGCCUUGCACCUUCUGUGGAGGACCUAUAUGGAGGUGCUGCCUCAUUGUGGAGGAUACAUUAACAAUGGUGGAAGGCUGAACUUAGAAAGGUUUGAAAAAUACCUCGCUGAACUCUCAAAGUUUGACUUUGACACGUUCUCUCAGCAGGCUGGGGAUCUCAAGUUGCGGGAGUCAAAGAAAGCUUAUGAUUGUGUGACUGUUGCAGAUGAUUGUGUGUCUGUUGCAGAUGAUUAUGUGUCUGUUGCAGAUGAAUAUGUGUCUGUUGCAGAUAAUUUCUCACUGUUUGUGUGUCUGUUUCAGAUGAUUGUGUGUCUGCUGCAGAUGAUUUCUCACUAUGAUUGUGUGUCUGUUGCAGAUGAUUUCUCAGAGAAAUAUUCAGAUGAGGACACAUUGUACAAUAAAUACAAGAGGAACUAUUACAUGACCAAGAUGAAGUAUGAACAUGUCACUCCUGAGGUACUGCGUGACCAAGCAGAAGGCUAUGUGAGAGGCAUUCAGUGGAUUCUGCUGUAUUACUAUGAAGGGGUGCCUUCUUGGAGUUGGUUCUACCCACACCACUAUGCACCAUACAUGAGUGACGUUAAGGACUUCAAGGAUAUGUCCUUGACCUUUGACCUGGGCACCCCGUUCCUGCCAUUUGAGCAGCUCAUGGCCGUGCUGCCUGCAGCCAGUAAAGAUCUCCUGCCACCGCCAUAUCAGAGCUUGAUGAUCAAUGACUCGUCUCCAGUGAUUGAUUUCUACCCCCCUCAGUUUGAGACAGAUCUCAAUGGAAAGCAGCAAGACUGGGAGGCUGUCGUGCUCAUCCCCUUUAUUGACGAGAACCUUCUUCUAGAAGCCAUCAGGAAAGUGUCCCACUUGCUGACGGAGGAGGAUAAGUCUCGUAACAUACACGGCCCCCACCUGCUGUACACGCACUCUGAGACCCCUGGUGACACCUACCCGACCUCUCUACCCGGCACCUUCCCAGACAUUGCAGUCAACCAUGCCAGGUUAACGAAGAAGGCUGCGUUCCACCUUGCCUCUAGUGAGCUGAGGAAGGGGCUGCUUUCAGGGGCCAGGUUGGAUAUCUUCUAUCCAGGCUUCCCUACCCUCAUACACAUACCUUACAAGGCAAAGCUCAGCAAGGAAGGUGUGAAGGUGUUCAAGGCCAGUAGUUGUGGUUACAACAUGAUGCUGCAUGUGGAGGAUGAUUGGUGUAGCAAGGCUAUAGACCAGGUGGCGAAGGAAUACCUCGGUAAGGAGGUCUACGUCAACUGGCCCCACCUGUAUGAGGCCAAGGUCGAGGAGGUCUGUGAUAACUGCUGGAGUUACAAGUAUGUUGAGGGUGACAAGUCCACCAAAUCAGGUACGACAAGUCCAGGCAUUAAUCGUGUGAAGCAGGAUCAUCUGAUGGCCAACAAAUGGAACAAGGAGAGGGAUUCAAUCGCUGAAAGAUACAAGGAUCAGCUGGGGGUGGUGGUUGGCAAUACCAAGAUUCUGCUGAGAGCUCUCCCCAGGACUGGCAGGAAAUAUAUCCUGUCAUCAAAUGGAAAUGUCACUAUGGAAAAGCAGUUUGGGAACCAGCCAGUGGCAUUUGCUUUACAAGCAACAGUUAAAGUUAAGGACUUGAAAGUGCAUGACUCUAGUUUCUGCCAGUUCACCUCCCUGACUGACUACCUGCCGGCAGGCUGCCAGGUGUUCAUGCUGGGCUGGCCCAACUACGGCUGCCAGGGAGAGGUGCUAAGCACUGAUCUGCAGAGUGGCCUGGUCAGAAUCAACCUCUCAAUCCUCAAGGAGCCUGAAUUGAAUGAUGUGAUCCACAACAAGGCGGACCAUGAUGAGCAGUACUUCCAAGGGUAUGAGCUUGCUCAGAGACUUGGCAUCAGCAGCCAACUGUUCUCUCAACUCACUGGCAGUGUAUUAAUCACCACCGGAGUUGCUGAGGUUGCAAGUCAACAGCACAACCCUUACAAAGUAAAUGUGGGUUUGAACUUGAAGUUAACGAAACACCAGGAGGAGGUACCAGGCUUCACCAGGUUUGCAAAAGGGAACAAGUGGCUCUACUCUAAUAAAUGUGUAGAGAUUCUCGAUGAGUACAUAAAGAACACCUACAACUUGAAGGAUGUACAGGAGUACAUCAAGGGACUGGCAUGCACGAACAUUGAAAAACAGAAGAUAGGGGCCGACUUCUUGUCUGAGAGGGUGAUACUGGCCCUGCAGAGUGAGACCAACAAGGUUGUGGAGAUAAACAGACUACGCCAGUGGUGGAUUGAAAUGAGGAUUGUGACAGUGGAGCCUCACCUUCUGUAUAAGCCGAUGAUUACAAGUGGGGCUCUGAUUCCUGACUCCAGCGCCACCUACGAGCUGUUUGAUCGGGUCGUAAACACGCGCCAGGGAUUCACAGUACCUUUUGGACUCCGUGGUACGGUUGUGGGCAUUUAUUUAGCAGAGGUGGAAGUGAACAUAAUGUACGACGUGCUGUUUGAUGAAGAUUUUGCUGGUGGUAUCGCUAUCAGGGUCAGCAGAUCCAGCCAGGUAGAUCAGGAUAUCGUGACAACAGGGGAGGUAACAAUGAAGGGAAUACAGGUCGGGGCUCGUACAGAGCAACUGGCCAGAGACAAUAUUCUUGGCCCGUAA